UUCCCAAGAUAUUGAGGAGGAUCAGUGACAGUUGUGUUUGGCAGGGGCAUUAUGAGCAUUAUGCACCGAUGCUGAAGAUGGCGAUAGAGCGCACGACUGACAAAGGAUUACGUCACUACGCUGUAGGAGGACGCACACGUCGCCGGUGUUCUUUCAGGCAAGCUUUUCAGCUUCUUUUACUACACAUUCUGCAGCUGCAAAACCGUGGCUGUAGAGCUAUACCUAAUUCGGUAUAUUUCUGUAAAUGGGUCGAAUAAAACAUGCGAAAGUGUGUGAAAAAGUCAUGCACCGCUCAGAGCACGAUCAGCGCUUAUUUUGAACCACCAAGCAGUGCUACAACCACUGAGUGCAAGGAUAAACAAAAUGCAUCCAACCCACUGGCCUUUAAAAACAAGCACAAACGCACUUCUACCAGCAAGUUUGAUAGUAAUAAUAACGGUCCUGGAUGUGGUCCAUCAAAACGGUUCAAACUCCCCCUCAGAAAGCAGGAAGAGGAGAAAGAAUCUACUAGGAACAAUGCAGGUGCAGUGCACAAUGGUCAUUUUCUAUCAACCAUUGAUGGGGGCUUAUGCACAUCCACCUUGGAAAAACUAAGAGGUUUUGCCUGCAAAGAUGAUGAUGCACAUAUUGCUAUACAGAAGGAUGGAACCGGAGCUGGCAUUUGUGAAUUUCAACUGUCAGGAUCAAAACAAGGCAAUGAAAUGGAGAAAGUAGAAACUGAAAAAAACAAGGCAGAGGAAGACUAUAAGACAAGCCUUGUGCUGUCCUCUUUCUCUCAGUUUGCCAGUCCAGGAGUUGAGAGAAAAAGUAGAGAGCCUUGCCUUCUGGCAGACAGAACAUCACCGCCCAGGUGCUCAAAGAGUGUGUACACCCCACUGGAGCAGCAGGUGAUUGACCUGAAGCUGCGUCACCAAGAUGUCCUGUUAGCUAUCGAGUGUGGAUACAAGUACAGAUUCUUUGGAGAGGAUGCAGAGAUUGCUGCAAAGAUUCUCAGUGUCAGCUGCUAUUCUGAUCAUAAUUUUAUGACAUGCUGCAUCCCUACACAUCGCCUUUUUGUUCAUGUCAGACGCCUUGUGGCACACGGGCACAAGGUUGGUGUAGUGAAACAAACAGAGACGUCUGCGAUCAAAGCUUCAGGAGCCAAUAAAAAUGCUCUGUUCACUCGAGAACUAACAGCUCUUUACACAAAGUCCACUUUAGUUGGAGAAGAUGUGAACCCUGUGUGUAAGAUUGAAGACAUACCUGAAGUAUGUAGUGAUGGGCCUAGCAUGGACCCUCCUCACAGCUUCUUACUCUGCAUCAGUGAAAACUGGGACAAACAACACAAGCAGCUUACUGUUGGCCUUGUGGCUGUGCAGCCCAGCACCGGGGACGUGUUCCUGGACAGUUUUUCUGACAGUUCGUCUCGUUCUGAGCUGGAGGCCAGAAUCCUGAAGAUAAAUCCUGUGGAGAUCCUGGUGUCUUCUGACCUAUCAGAGCUCACACUCAAACUACUCCACAGCAUCACAACUGCCAGCCCCCACGCUGAUGACCGAGCGCGACUUGAGACCAGAGACAGUGCUCAGUUUGAGUUCACCACUGCAAUGAACACAGUCACCAAGUUCUAUACCCAGAGCCAGGACAAAGACUCUCACUCUCUUUCAAGUGUAGCAUCCUUAGAGAGCCCAGUUAUCUGCUGUCUGGGGCCUCUCAUCCAAUUCCUCAAAGAAUUCAAACUGGAGAGAGUUCUUGGAAGUGAAUGUCAUUUUCAGCAUCUACUCAGUGGAUCAGAAACUAUGACACUUGGUGCUGCCACCCUUAAGAACCUGGAAAUCCUAAGAAACCAGACAGAUGGGUUGGUGAAGGGCAGUCUGCUGUGGGUGCUGGACCACACUCACACUGCGUUUGGGCGAAGAUUAAUGAGGAAGUGGGUGAGCCAGCCGCUUAUGGACCCACAGUCCAUCUCAGACAGACUGGAUGCCGUGCAGGAGCUCUUGGAGUCAGACUCUGUCACGUUAACAUCUCUUAAAUCACUGCUGUGGCAUUUACCUGAUGUGGAGCGAGGCAUUUGCAGCAUAUAUCACAGAAAGUGCUCCACACAGGAGUUUUACCUUGUCACCAGUGCACUGUCUAAUGUGGGAUACAGACUGGAGGCCCUGUUACCAGCUGCCCAGUCCCAGGUCACUUCCCCUUUGCUGCAGAGCCUUCUAUUCAACACUCCUGAACUGCUGGCACCUGCUCAUGGUGUUAUCAAGGUGCUCAACGAAAAUGCUGCAAAAUCAGGAAACAAAACUGAGUUGUUCUCAGAUUUGUCAGGUUUCCCUGUGCUUCAGGACAGGAAAGAACAGAUUCAGGCAGUGUUCAGCGAGAUCCAAGAACACAUUUACGAAGUCCGAAUGUUGCUAAAGAACCCUUCUCUCAGCUAUAAGACUGUGUCAGGGCAAGAGUUUCUAAUUGAAGUGAGGAAUUCUCAAGUUUCCACAAUACCCACUGACUGGACAAUUGUUAGCAGCACCAAGACAAUGGUCAGAUAUCACUCCCCUUUCCUAGUGGAGCAUUAUAAGAAGCUACAACAGCUCAGGGAACAGCUGCAGCUAGACUGCCAGAGGGAGUGGAUCCGAUUCUUGGAUCAGUUUGGGGAGCACUAUCACACUAUAAAAAGAGCUAUUAGUCACCUAGCAACCAUGGACUGUCUCUUUUCAUUGGCUGAGGUGGCUAAGCAAGGGGACUAUUGCAGGCCUGUAGUGAAUAGCAGUGACCAGUUGAUUAUGAUUCGAAAUGGUAGACAUCCCAUCAUAGAUCUUCUAAUGGGAGAGCAAAGCCAGUAUGUGCCCAAUGACACAGAACUACAGAUUGAUAGUAGGAGAGCCAUGGUAAUCACUGGUCCUAACAUGGGAGGGAAGAGCUCCUACAUCCGACAGGUGGCUCUCAUCUGCAUCAUGGCUCAAAUGGGUUCCUAUGUCCCAGCCACUGAAGCCCGUCUGGGUCUACUGGAUGGUAUUUACACCAGAAUGGGGGCCUCAGACAACAUCUACAGCGGCCGCAGUACUUUCAUGCAUGAGCUGAGUGAAGCCUCUGACAUUAUUUUCCGAGCCACUGAGCGCUCACUGGUUAUCCUGGACGAGCUGGGCCGAGGCACCAGUACACACGAUGGGAUAGCCAUAGCUUACGCCACAUUGGAAUACUUCAUCACACAAGUGAAGUCAUUUACAUUGUUUGUGACGCAUUAUCUUCUUCUGAGCGAACUGGAGCAACUGUAUCCUCAACAUGUUUUCAACUGCCACAUGGCUUUCCUGAUAAAUGAUCCUGAUGUUGCAAGUGCAGAUGAUGAAGUCCGCCCUGAGUUCAUUACCUUCCUGUAUCAACUGACUGGAGGUGCUGCCGAGCGGAGCUAUGGUUUGAAUGUGGCCCGGUUGGCGAACAUUCCUGAUGCCAUUCUGAACAGGGCAGCUCAUAAGGCUCGGGAGCUGGAGAAUACGGUGAACAAUAAAAGGAAGAAUAAGAAACUCAUUACAGAUCUAUGGAAGAUUUCAGAUAAAAAUGCGCUGAUGGAGUGGCAGAUGUUAAGCCACUCUUCCACCUAGGAAGAGAUCUCGAGACAAAGAUUAAACAUCAAAGAACGUCAGAAAAGCACCAAGAGGUUAUCUAUAAGCUUUGCUGUAUUUGUACUUAUAUUAAAACUGAGUAGAUCAACAAAAUCAUACAUCAACUGAACUAUGACUAAAUAAUGAAUAACUUGUAUAUGAUCAAUUUUUGGUGAAUAAAAUUGUAUGAAACAGAA